AAAAAAAAAAGUUAAAAAAACAGCCGGUGCCUAACCUCUGCUUGAAGAGUACCAAGUUUGGAUGGACAUAGGAGUCUCAUUGGUUCUACGCAGUAGCAUUAGGAUAAACGGCGCCCUCACGCGGAUAGUUAUGCAGUUCAUGCAUGUACAUGUCGCCACCUUAAAAAUAGGGCGAGGCGGUCGCUACGCCAGGCUGUCUUUUGUGUUAGCCGCUCCCCCAUGGACGUCAUCACAUGGUGGUGCCAGACACGAUUGCUGGUGGGUACGCAGAAGUACCUACGUAAUCAGCCGUGACGUCACAGCUACUGGUGUGUAUCGGUUGCCAAGCGGCGGCUUAGGGCUAAACGUACAAAGUGUAAUUACCGUGAAUCAACAUGGCAAGCAUGCAUGACAAAUAAGGAACAGUCCUUUACAGAAAAGAGGGUAUAUUGAGCAACUAGGAGCAUUUUCGGAGGCAAAAAAACUGUUGAAAAUGAUAAAUAAAACUUGUUUAACGCUUUCAUGUCUAGACCUAACUUUUUGUGAGUAAGUUCAUUGCUUUCAAGUGACGGUAACAAAUCACACCGAAGCUUUGCACAGCAGAAAUCUUUAUGUUAACAAACGGAUUGGUUCCGUCCCACUUGGGGAGGGGGGUAGAGGUCCAAAGUGCAGAUAGAAAUCGCCAAUGAAAGUAACUUUUGAACAAGAAACUACUCUCUCUCUCUCUCUCUGCGUCUCGAGGUCAGAGCUGACAGUCGGCCAAUCGUGGCUUGUGAUCCCGGUAGCGAGUCUCUAUAAGAUACCAUCGACCUCAAGGACUGUUGCGAUUGUCUACGUCUCUUCCAGUUUCAGAAGGGAGGAGCCAGACUAGAUCUGAAGAUUACAGACAACAGGUGGUUGAUUUUCCGGCCAGGUCAUCCGCGACGAAUACGGUUCUCCACGACGCCUGGAUACCCUGCAAUCUCGGCUCAGUUGACGCUCUUUUGAAAACAGCUGCAGAUGAUUCAGUCCUGCUCCUGUGAGUUUUUUUUCGUUUCACAGGCGUCGUCUUCAUCAAUGCACCAUCACCUACUGGUACAUCGUGGGACACCACAGCCUUUUGCACAAUGUCGCUAUGAUGACCAAUGAUGGUGCCCAAGGUCCCAGUGUAGGUGUUCUGCAAGUUUUAGUUUGACCAGUUGCUGUGACGAGAUCUUGUGGUCACGGGAGCUAGAGAACGCUAUCAAUUUUUAGGUACCAUUCCGUGAACUGUGUCUUAAAACUGACUCCAGAACUACAACGAGACGUCUGCAAGGAAGAAGGUUGCACAAUGUCAGCGACUACCACCAGUCUUGCGGUGGGCUCCAUCCUGAGCUUGGUCGCCCUAGCUGCUCUCGUUGGAAACGUCCUCCUGCUUGUAGUUUUCGGGCGGUCUCGCCGUCUGCACGCCUCCUCCCCCACCACCUGCUUCAUCGCUAACAUGGCGGUGGUGCAUAUCCUGGCCGUGCUACUGUGCCAAGUCCCCACCAUAGUGGCGGCACUGUCUGGAGUCUGGGUCAUGGGACAGGCCAUGUGCAUGGUGCAGACGUUCUUCCGCACACUGUCAUUGCUGCUGCAGGCCCACACACUGUCGGUCCUGGCCUUUGAGCGGUACCUGCGGAUUUGCCGCCCGCUGAAACACGAGGAGGUGUUCAGCGGCACGGUGGUCCUCAUCAUCCUGACCGGACUGUGGUUCUGUGACACCAUCAUCGCUCUCAACCCGUUCUACGGCUGGGGAAAGAUCAUGUACGACCCGGAAGGGUACACCUGUGAUCUGGACUGGGUCAAGUCGGAGUCGCUCCUGAUCUUCACCACGCUAGUGGUACUGGUGGUCCCCCUGGCGGCCUCCACGGCCUGCUAUAUCGCCAUACUCAGAAAGGUCCUGUUUCCACAGGUAUUGAGGCUACGGAAGAGGGUGUCACCUGUCUCCACCGCCGAUGACGAGUCUCCCAGCCUAGAGCAGCAAAAAGUUAACAACAACCAGGAGACUUACGCCGAGAAACUCCGCCGCCAGGAGUACCGGCUCCAGAGACUCUUACAGACACAUGAGAUGGGUUCAAAGCCUGUAGCGGAGAAGCUACCAUCAGAGCUCAAGGAGAAGGGCAGGGAGGGCCAGUCUGAGUCGGACAGCGAGUUUGAAGACUUGCCCCCUCCCCGCACAGAGAUGGAGCAUUCCAGGAGGGAAGCUGAGCUGCGAGCCUGGAAAAUGCGACACAGGCCAAAGGAGGUCGCUUUGGCAAAGACGACGCUGUUGCUUGGCGUGGCCUUCCUCAUCUGCUGGGUGCCAUACUUCAUUGUGACGUAUGUGGAGUCUUAUGCAUUAGUGAACACCGCAGUCGGGACCCUGAUCGCCCUGGUGCUGGUGCACCUCAGCACAGCUGUGAACCCCUACACCUGCGUGCUGCACAGUCACAAGUACAGGCGACACUGCAAGAGGACCCUGAGUUGCAGGAGGGCGCUGUAGCACGGACAGUGUAUUGGUUGUGUUGUGUAUACUGUAUAGUCUGGAUAUUACAAGCUACCACAUAGCCCAGUCAAUACCCACUUUAUUGAUUUCUGUACAUGAAUAAACUAUAGCACAUUUUUUUCACACUAUAUGCUCUGGGGUAAUUCUGACCCAUAGCUUCGCCUUAAAA